AUGGUACUUGGUCUAGAUGCGCAAAACCAAGCAGCGUUGUUGAAGGUGGUUAUUCUCGGUCUCAUCGCCGCCGUAGCCAUAGGAAGUCGUCUAUUUAGUAUCGUACGCUAUGAAAGUGUAAUUCACGAGUUUGACCCUUGGUUUAAUUAUCGGACCACGCGACACCUGGUCUCUAACGGGUUUUACGACUUUUGGAAUUGGUUCGAUGAGAGGUCAUGGUACCCGUUGGGUCGGGUGGUUGGAGGAACUGUAUAUCCUGGAAUAAUGGUCACGUCAGCUGUCAUACAUAACAUAUUGCAUGCACUAAAUUUUCCAGUAGACAUCAGAAAUAUAUGUGUGCUAUUAGCGCCAUUAUUUUCCGCGUUCACCGCUGUUGCCGCUUACUUGUUAACAGUGGAAAUUAAAGAUUCUUCUGCUGGAUUAUUGGCGGCUGCUUUUAUCGGCGUUGCACCUGGCUAUAUUUCUCGAUCAGUUGCAGGAUCUUAUGAUAAUGAAGGGAUUGCAAUCUUUCUGUUAGUUUUUACUUUUUAUUUGUGGAUUAAAGCAUUGAAGCUUGGAUCUGCUUUUUGGGGUGCAUGGACCGCAUUAUUUUAUUUUUAUAUGGUUGCUGCUUGGGUACCAUUUGUUGGUUUCAUGCCUACGCGUACAAGUGAACAUAUGGCCGCAUUGGGGAUAUUUGGUUUAUUGCAAAUUUUUGCCUUUGUGGAACUUGUUAGAACUCAUUUGUCGACAACUCAAUUCCAAAUUCUUUUCAGAGGUUUUAUUUUCGUGUCUUUUAUUGCAAUGUUCUCGGCAUUGGUUUUUUUGACUUAUUCUGGAUAUAUUGCUCCUUGGACCGGUCGUUUUUAUUCAUUAUGGGAUACUGGAUACGCCAAGAAGUACAUUCCAAUUAUCGCAUCAGUUUCUGAGCAUCAACCGACUGCUUGGCCUUCUUUUUUCUUUGAUCUCGAAAUGUUGAUAUUUUUAUUCCCCGCUGGAACUUAUUUAUGUUUCCGAGAACUUCGUGAUGAACAUGUUUUCGUAAUCCUGUAUGGAAUUACAGCAUCAUAUUUUGCUGGAGUAAUGGUUCGACUUAUGUUAACAUUAACGCCAAUAGUCUGUGUGACAUCUGCAGUUGCACUCUCUUGGCUGCUAGAUACAUAUCUUGAUGUGUCGACACUUGAAUUCCUUCCUGAAGAACAAGAACGAUCACAAAAUUCUUCAUUUGACAAUAAAGUUCCUGAAAAGUCCGGUAAAAGAGAAAAACACAGUCCCGACAAGACAAAAAAAGGAUCCCAAAAUUCAAGCAGAAUACCUGAUAAAAAGAAAAAGAAAGAAUAUUAUGGAAUACUGGGAAUUGAUACUCGAAUGAUAAUUGGAAUGAAUUUCAUAUUCUUUCUAUGGAUAUUCAUGUGGCAUUGUACAUGGGUCACCUCGACAGCUUAUUCUUCGCCGUCCAUCGUUCUUGCAUCUCGUGGAGCUGAUGGAUCAAAUUAUAUUAUUGAUGAUUUUCGAGAAGCUUACUAUUGGCUUAGAAAAAACACUGAUUAUUCGGCAAAGAUUUUAUCCUGGUGGGAUUAUGGAUAUCAAAUCGCAGGAAUGGCAGACCGAACAGUGUUAGUGGACAACAACACGUGGAAUAAUACUCACAUCGCUACCGUUGGCAGAGCUCUAGCAUCUGAUGAAAAUGUCGCAUAUGAAAUAUUACGUCGACAUGAUGUUGAUUAUGUGCUGAUUAUAUUUGGUGGUUUGUUGGGAUAUUCAGGUGAUGAUAUUAAUAAAUUUCUUUGGAUGAUUCGGAUAGCAGAAGGAGUUUAUCCGGAUGAAGUGAAGGAGAAGAAUUUCUUUAAUGAUCGUGGGGAGUAUCGAGUUGGCGACGAAGCUACACCAACUAUGCGAAAUAGUAUCAUGUAUAAAAUGAGUUAUUACAAUUAUAAUGAACUUUUUGGUGGCCAAGCUACAGAUCGGGUACGUGGCACAAGAUUAUCCCCGGGAAAAAUUAAGAUGCAUACAUUAGAAGAAGCUUAUACAACAGAGAAUUGGAUUGUAAGAAUUUUUAAAGUUAAAGAUCUAGAUAACAUUGGACGUACUUUAGAACAAGCAGCAGGUUUUGAAUUGGGGAAAAAGAGGCGUCGUGGCGCUAAAAAGCGAGUAGGUGGUCGAAGAAAUAAGAGUUCAUGA